UACAUCCACAUGUGUGCACUUAAAGUAAAACCAUUUUACAAUGGAAAAACAACCAAGAAAUACUCAGGGAGCCCCCAGGGGUGGAAGCGUUGCACCCAACAGGUUCACUAAGCCCCACCCUCACCCCGUGAGGUUCUUCAGCCUGGCACCAGGUCCAGCACGGUUGCCCUGUCCACGGCCUUUGUCCGCAGCUGCAGCGUCUCUUCUUUCCCAGGUCGCCUUUGUUCCAUUGUUGGCCAAGGAGGUCAGGACCCGCCGCCUCCUGCAUUAUUGAUGCUCGCGCCUGACGGAGGGAGCCCAGCGUCAGUUGAGUCCGCAGCCCUGCCAGAGCGGAGCCGGAGUGCGCAGCCCGAGCCGAGGGCAGUCAGCUCCCCCGGAAGGGACGAGCACAGAAGCAUCAGGGGGCCGCGUUCAUUGGGUCAGUCAUGGGUGGAAGCAAGGGCAAAGCGCCCCGACGCCGGGCGAGACCACAGAAGCCGAGCUCAGCCGAACAGGAAUCCGAGUCCGGGGACCCCGGGCCCGGCCCGCAAAAAGCCCGCCAAGAGACAUUGGUCACGAAGCCUGACAGCGAGGAGGACAAACGGACUACUGGUGGCAGCAACAAGCCCAUCGCCAAGGGUACCCGAAGCUGCAGGUCUGGAGGUGGGUCGCCACCACACGCCCAGAAGAGGCGAGAUAGCACGUGGUGUCAGGGACCCCCGCCCACGCAGGGCUGCGCGCCCGGGAACAGACUUGGGGCGCGCCCCGGGGACGAGGUGUCGGGGUCGGAGAAGGCGGAAGGGGCGCAGAGCCUCCACGGGGGGAAAGGACGGACGAGUCAGCGCUGCCACCGCAAGAGAGGACAGGGCCGCAGAGCGCCGGCUCCGAGGGGUCGCAGCGGGGACUCCUCCGGCGCGGACGGGGGCAGCUCGUGCCCGGACAGCGAAGCCCGCGAGGCGUCGGAGCCAGUGGACACGGGCUCGGAAGGGACCGCGAUCGGGCCAGAGCCGGCCCUGGAGCCUGGUGAGCGCCAGAGCAACGACAAAGCCCGCCCCGGGGCGUCGGGACCUGGGGCCGAGGGGCCGAGCGAGGAGUCGGGCUCGGGGGCGCACCGGGGCCUGGACGCCGCCGAGCGCAGCGCCAGCCCGGUUCCCUGCUCCCGCGAGGCGGCGCCGAGCGGGAACGACGCGGACUCCCCCGCCCUAGACGACUCGGGGUCGCAGCCAAGAGCUGCGGCUGAAAAGGCGGGAGCCUCGACUGCUGAGGCACAGCGCCGCCCCGUCGGAAAGGAGGUGGGGAAGGCGCAGGCGGCGGCUGAGGGCCAGGCGGGGGCCGGAGCGGGAGCAGUGCCGGGGGACCUCGCGGUGCUCCGCAGGGCCCGCGCGGAGCCCGCAGCAGGCUCCUCUCCCCGGGCAGUGGAUCCCAGGGGCGCGGGCCUCAAGGCGCGGUUCCUCCGAGCAGUGCAAGCCCUGGGGCUCCUGCGGUGGCUGAGGCGGCGGCUGCGGCCGCCUGCGGGCGAGGGGCGGGGCGGCGGGAGGGAGGGCGAGGGGCGGGGCGGCGGGAGGGAGGGCGAGGGGCGGGGCGGCGGGAGGGAGGGCGAGGGGCGGGGCGGCGGGAGGGAGGGCGAGGGGCGGGGCCGCGGGAGGGAGGGCGAGGGGCGGGGCCGCGGGUUCCGGCUGGGGCGCCGGCUGGUUUUGCGCCUGGCAGGUUUAGCCGGGUUCGGGGCACCGCCUAGGGCGCCCUCUGGCGGCGACUUGAGCCCUUCGCAGUCCCGGAGCAGCCCCGGCCCGGACGAAUCUGGUGACCUCGAAGACCCGACUCGCGAUCCCAAGUUCGCGGUGGUGUUUCCCAGGAUCCACAGGGCAGGGAGGGCGUCGAGCAUCCGGAGCUCAGAAGAAGCGUCCUCGGACGCCCCCAGCGCGGAGGGCUGCGUGUGGCCUCGUGCAGGGGUUGGAGGAGACACUGAGGGCCGCAGGAUGAGUGGGCAGGGCAUCCUCGGGUCCUGCCGCGCCUCUUUGGUCUCCUCGACUCCACCCGACGAAGCUCUGCUAGAGAAAGGCUUCAGCACCGAAGCAGAGCCGGAGAUCUCGGAGGCCGCGACCCACAGGCACUGGGCACUGGGUUCGGGGCUCUCCGAGGACCCUGGGCCGGCCUCCGACGUGCUGCUACCCCGACUCGCCCUGGAGACCCGCCUGCAGCGCGAGAGGAGCUCCUGCGGGCCUCCCCGCGGGAAGUGGGAGCCGGAGGACGAGGCCGAGGCAGCGCUGGAGAAGGAGUUGGAGCGCAGCCUUGGGCCUGACCUGGUAUCGCAGUCCUUCCCGGGUGUGGGUGCAGAGGACAGGAGCCUCGGAGAGGAUCUAGAAGACACUGAGGACCUGACCCAGCUGCGGCUGGUGUGUGACAGCUCCGUGCUGUUGUGCCUCAAGAAGAGGUUUCAGCUCGGCCGCAUCUACACUUUUGGGGGGGCCCUCCUGCUUGCAUUGAACCCCUACCAGCCCCUGCCUCUCUUCUCACCUGAGGUGUUGGCCAGCUACCACCCAGGGAAGACCCCCAACACCACCCCACACAUCUUUGCCAUCGUGGCAGCAGCCCACAGCCUGUCUCAGAGCCCAGGCCAGCACCCCUGCAUCCUCUUAGCUCUUCCCUCCUGCAGGGGACGCAGUGGUUCAGGGAAGACAGAAGCUAGCAAGAAGAUCCUGCAGUUCCUAAGCAGCCUGGAGCAGGGACAGACUGGGGAAAGAAGGUGCCAGCUGAGUGAUCUGCUGCCAGUACUCAGUAGCUUUGGCCAUGCCAAGACCAUCCUCAAUGCCAAUGCCAGCCGUUUUGGCCAGGUCUUUUGCCUCUAUCUGCAGCAUGGGCUCAUCAUGGGAGCCUCUGUGUCACAUUAUCUGCUCGAGACUUCCAGAGUGGUGUUUCAGGCCCAGGCUGAACGGAGCUUCCAUGUGUUUUAUGAGCUGCUGGCGGGAUUGGACGCCAUGGAGAGGAAGCAGCUCUCACUUCAGGGACCAGAAGCCUACUACUACCUCAACCAGGGCCGGGCUUGCAGGCUCCAGGGUAAGGACGACGCCCAGGACUUCGCAAGGCUACUGAGCGCCCUGCAGGUUCUGGGCUUGAGUCCCGAAGAGUUGACCACAGUCUGGGCCUUGCUGGCCAGUGUUCUGCAGCUGGGCAACAUCUGCUUCUCUUCUUCAGAGCAGGAGUCCCAGGAGGUGGCUACAGUGUCCAGCUGGGCCGAGAUCCACACAUCAGCCUGGCUGCUGCGGGUGCCACCAGAGCACCUAGAAGGGGCUGUCACCCGGAGGGUCGUGGAGACACCCUAUGGCCGGGUCUCAAGACCCCUGCCCGUGGAAAGUGCCACUGAUGCCAGGGAUGCUCUGGCCAAGGCCCUGUACUCGAGGCUCUUCAGCUGGCUCCUCAGGAGGAUCAACACACGACUGGCACUACCUGGAGAGGGAGGCAGCAAGGGCACCAUCACUGUGGUGGAUGCCUAUGGCUUUGAGGCGCUGCGGGUGAACAGUCUAGAACAGCUGUGCAACAACCUGGCCAGCGAGCGCCUGCGGCUCUUCUCCAGCCAGACACUGCAGGCCCAGGAGGAGGAGGAGUGUCGGCGGGAGCUGCUGCCCUGGGUGCCCAUCCCUCAGCCUCCGUGGGAGUCUUGCCUGGACCUCCUGGUGGACCAGCCCCACAGCCUCCUGAGUAUCCUGAAUGCCCAGACAUGGCUGUCUCAGGCCACGGACCACACGUUUCUCCAGAAGUGUCACUAUCACCACAGUGACCACCCAAGCUACGCCAAGCCCCAGCUACCCCUGCCUGUCUUCACUGUGCGACACUAUGCUGGGACUGUCACCUACCAGGUUCACAAGUUCUUAAACCGAAACCGAGACCACCUGGAUCCCACCGUGGAGGAGAUGCUUGCCCAGAGCCAGCUGCAGCUGGUGAGGAGCCUGUUCCAGCAAACAGCGCCCCAGAGAGACAAAGCCACACUGGCCUCCCGCUUCCUGCAGUCCCUGGGGGACCUCUUAGCACAACUGGGCAGGAGUCACAUUUAUUUUAUCCAGUGCCUCAACCCCAACCCUGGAAAGAUCCCAGGCCUCUUCGACGUGGAACAUGUGGCAGAGCAGCUGCACCAGGCUGGCAUCCUGGAGGCCAUAGACAUCCGCAGAGCCCACUUCCCCAUGCGCGUCCCCUUCCAGGCCUUCCUGGCCAGAUUCUGGGCUCUGGGGACAGAGAGACAAGGCAGUUCCUCUGACCGGGAGAAGUGUGGAGCCAUCCUCAGCAGGGUUCUGGGAGCUGAGUCUCCACUCUGUCACCUUGGGGCAACCCAGGUCCUCCUGCAGGAACAGGGUCGGCGGCAGCUGGAGCAACUCUGGGCCCAGCACUGCUCCCAGGCCUUGCUCACCCUGCGUCGUCGGGGCCUCCAUGCCUGCAUCUCCGGACAGCAGCUCCGCCCCCUGCCCCGGCUGCAGGCUCUCAUCCAUGGGCUCCAGGCCAGGAAGCGAUACCUCGGACGGCACGCAGCUAUGGCUCAGCUGAACACUGUACUCCUGGUGGCCCGGCCCCUGCUCCAGAGGCGGCAGAGGCUGAAGCUUGGGCAUUGGUGUGGCCAGCGCAGCAGCAGGAUCUCAGAGAGAGUACAGAGCAUGGAGCUGGACCGCUUAGAGAUCCCGGCUGAGCUGGCAGCCAUGCUGAGGGCCGCAGAAGGCCACCAGGACACCCUGGCUGGACUCAUCACUGAGACUCUUCCUCCUGAGGUUCCGGUGCGGCCCCGCCUGACCCUCCCGCCAGACAUUGACCUGUUCCCCUUCUCCAGCUUCAUCUCUACCAGCUUUCAGGAGCCAUGCCUGCCCAGCCCAGGAUUGCCUCUGACCAAACCACUGACUCAUCUGGAGGGAGAGAACCCUCAGCAUGCCCUGGACAUCAACAAGGUGAUGCUGCGGCUCCUGGGGGACGGAUCCCUGCAGCCCUGGCAGGAGCAGACCAUGGGCACUUACCUGGUGUGGCAGGCGCAGCGCCGGCCAGGGCUGCGGGAUGAGCUCUUCAGCCAGCUCGUGGCCCAGCUCUGGCACAACCCAGAUGAACAGCAGAGCCAGCGAGGCUGGGCCCUCAUGGCCAUCCUGCUCAGUGCCUUCCCCCCAACGCUCGCCCUGCAGAAGCCGCUGCUCAAAUUUGUGUCUGACCAUGCGCCACAGGGCAUGGCGGCGCUGUGCCAGCACAAGCUGCUAGGGGCCCUGGAGCAGACCCCACAGGCCCCAGGGUUUGCCCGGGCUCACCCUCCGACCCAGCUUGAGUGGAAGGCCGGAUGGCGGCGGGGCCGAAUGGCAUUAGAUGUUUUCACCUUCAACGAGGAGUGCUGCUCUGCUGAGGUGGAGUCCUGGACCACGGGGGAGCAGCUUGCUGGGUGGAUCCUACAGAACAGAGGCCUGGAGGUGCCCCCUCGUGGUUGGUCUGUGUCACUGCACUCUGACAAUGCCUGGCGUGACUUGGCUGGCUGUGACUUUGUGCUAGACCUGAUUGGCCAGACUGAGGAUCUGGGGGACCCGACUGUUCCACACAGCUACCCCAUCACCCCACUUGAUUUAGCCAAGGACAUCCCACCUGCCCCUGGGGUCCAGGCCCCCUCUUUGCCCCCAGGCCUUCCUCCAGAUCCAGCCCCAACACUGCCCAGCAGAGGCCACACAGGGGAGUCCCAGAAGUCAGGGAGCCUGGAUGGUUUCCUGGACCACCUCUUUGAGCCUGUUCUUGCCCCUGGCUUCAGCGAUCUGGAACAAGGCUGGGUGUUGAACAGCCGCAUGAAGGGAGGAGGCUCCAUUGGGCCCAGGCAGCAGGGCUAUCCCAUGGUAUACCCAGGGAUGAUGCAGAUGUCUGGAUACCAGCCAGCUAUGAUCCCUGCACCCAUGCCUGUGAUGCCAGCGAUGGGCACAGUCCCUGCCAUACCAGCCAUGAUGCUGCCGUCACAGUCACAGCCCCUGCUGCCCAGCUUGGACACGAGGGAGCUGGCAGUCCAGCAGCAGAACUUCAUCAACCAACAGGCGCUGCUCCUGGCCCAGCAGAUGACCAACCAGGCCAUGAGCCUGUCUCUAGAGCAGCAGACUCAGCAACGCCAGCACCAAGCCCUGGCCUCCACAGCUGCCUCCCCAGCACCACCCCCAGCUGUCGCUCCCAAGACCAAGAAGCCUCCUGCACCCCAGAGAGAGCCACCCCAGAGGGAGCCAGAAUAUGACUUGGAAUCGCCAGGUCCCUGCUCAGGGGAGACUUCAGAGGGGACUGAAGACAGGACCUGGCACCCCAAGACCUUCCAGCAGAAAAGGGACUACUUCCAGAAGAUGGGGCAGCAGCAGAUCAAGGUGAAGAUGGUGAAGCCUCCAGCCAAGGUCCAGAUCCCUCAGGGCGAGGAGGUGGAGGAGGAGGAGGAGGAGGAGGAGGAAGAGAACUGCGAAGCGCCGCCCCCUCCUCCUCCCCCAGUCGUGAAGAAGCCAAUGAAACAAAGCGGAACCAAUGCUGCUUCAGAAAAGGUGGAGGCUGAGCUCCCCCUGGCUGAAAAGGCCAGGCCUGCCCCAAGCAGGAGGCCUGCAGUGAGCAGCUCAGACCCCACGCCACACUUGGAACCCAGCAGGGAAAUUCGCAACAUCAUCCGCAUGUACCAGAGCCGCCCAGGGCCUGUGCCUGUGCCUGUACAGCCCAUCAGGCCUCACAAAAGUUUUCUUAAGAGAAAUGAUCCUAAGGACGAGGCUUUGGCCAAGCUGGGGAUCAAUGGUGCCCACUCCCCUCCAUCGACACUGGUGCCCAGCUUGGAGAAGGGCCCUCCACCACCUGUGGCUCCUCGACCCAGGUCCCAGCCGCGACAUGAGCCUGCCCUCUCCAUCAAGGAAAAGCAAGGACCCCUCCGGGACCUAUUUGGCCCAAUUCCACCCACUCCCCAGGCACCCCCAUCCCCACCAGCACCACCACUGCCUCUGCCUGAGGAACCGAGGACCCCUUCAGCAGAGCCUCGUGCUUUGGCAAAGCCCAUGGAGGACCAGGAGGUCUCCACCCAGCUCCUUCUACCCUCUGGCAGUGUGUGCUUCUCCUACACCAGCGUACCCUGGAAGUUGUUCCUACGAAAGGAGGUGUUCUACCCCCGGGAGAACUUCAGCCAUCCCUACUCCCUCAGGCUUCUCUGUGAGCAGAUCCUACGGGACACCUUUACUGAGUCCUGCAUCCGGAUCUCCCAGGAGGAACGGCACAAAAUGAAAGACCUGCUGGGACACUUGGGAGUGGGCCUGGACUCCCUUACUACCACUGAAGACAGUGUCAAGAAGCGAAUCGUGAUGGCUGCUCGGAACAACUGGGCCAAUUAUUUCUCCCGAAUCUUCCCUGUUUCGGGUGAGAAUGGUAGCGAUGUGCAGAUACUGGGUGUGUCUCAUCGUGGGCUAAGACUCCUCAGCGUGACCCAAGGCUCCAGCUUCCAUCCGAACCAGCUGAAGAUACUCUGCUCCUACAGCUUUGCCGAGGUACUGGGUGUGGAGUGCAGGGGUGGCUCCACCCUGGAGCUUUUGCUGAAGAAUGAACAGCUGGUGCUGUACACAGCCUGGGCGAGGGCCAUCAAGGCCAUGGUGGAGCAGUUCCUGAGUGAGCUGAGGAAGGACUCUGGCUAUGUCAUCGCACUCCGGAGCUACAUCACCGAUGACCACAGCCUCCUCAGCUUUCAUCGUGGGGAACUCAUCAAGCUGUUGCCAGUGGCUACCCUAGAACCAGGCUGGCAGUUUGGCUCUGCUGGAGGCCGAUCUGGACUCUUUCCUGCGGACAUGGUGCAGCCGGCUGCUGCUCCUGAUCACUCCUUCUCGUCAGAGCAGAAGAGCAGCUGGCAGCGCAAGAGUCAGCCACAGCUUGCAGAGCCAGGACCAGCUCAGUGGGACAGGGCCCUGGAGAGCCCUGCCCAUUCCCAGAGCCAGGCAUACAGUGACAACUCAGAGGCCACCAGCCUGCCCUCCUCCAUGGUCUACACCUCUCUGUCCACUGAUUCCCACAACUACACCAUGCAGGAAUUUGCACUGCGUUACUUCCGGAAGCCUCUCGCAUUGCUGGACCUGACAGUUGGAGGUGCCAAGGCGAAGGAUAUGGCCAUUCUAGUACAGUACAGCAAGACUCCCAUCCAGGAAUCACUCAUUCGCCUCAGUGAUGACACAAGCAGGCAGGCUGUGGCAGGAUUCGAGACACUAAUGCAGUUUAUGGGGGACCAGUCUAAGCCCCGUGGCAAGGAUGAGAUGGAUCUGCUGUAUGAGCUGCUGAAGCUGUGCCGAGAGGAGGACCUUAGGGAUGAAAUGUACUGCCAGGUCAUCAAGCAGGUCACAGGACACCCCAAGCUGGAGUACUGUGCCCGGGGAUGGAACCUCCUCAGCCUCUUCACAGGCUUCUUCCCCCCGUCCACCACACUGAUGCCUUAUGUGACCAAGUUCCUGCAAGAUUCAGGCCCCAGCCAAGAGCUGGCCCGGAGAAGCCAGCAGCAUCUCCAGCGCACAGUCAAAUAUGGGGGGCGUCAGCAGCUGCCGAGACCAGGAGAAAUGCGGGCUUUUCUGAAAGGACAAGCAGUCCGCCUGCUUGUGAUUCACCUGCCUGGGGGUGUAGACUACAAGACAAACGUGCAAACCUUCACGGUGGCAGCAGAAAUACUGGAGGAGAUGUGUGGUCAGAUGGGCAUCACGGACCCCCAGGAAGUACAGGAAUUUGCCCUCUUCCUUGAUAAAGAAGGUGAGCUGGUUCGGCCCCUGUGGCCCCACGAGUACCUCAACAGCGUGAUUGUGAACCUGAACAUGAGCUUGCACAACCGGCGGCUCAUAUGGGAGACCCCACUGCACUUCGAUCACCCUGUCUACAUUGGCACCCUCUAUGGCCAGGUGCUGCAGGACUACCUCCAGGGGAAGCUGAUGGGCCAUGCCCAGGCAGAUGGUCAGCUUGCCCACCUGGCUGCCCUCCAGCACCUUGGCAGGGCCAGCAAAAGCCCCCCCUCAGAGCAAGAUCUGCUGGGUUAUAUCCCAAAGACACUGCAAUGGCAGGUGAACAUGGACAGCAUAAAGAAUUUGAUGGACCAGAAGCUAAGACAGCUGCAAGGACAGAGCUCCCAGGAUGCACAGAUCAGCUUCAUUGAGGCCACAAGGCAGCUGCCCCUCUUUGGCUACACCGUGUAUGUGGUGCUGCGAGUGAGCAAGCUGGUGCUUCCUGGACCUGCCCUCUUGGGGCUCAAUCGCCAGCACCUUGUCCUCAUGGACCCCAUCUCCCAGAAAAUGUGUAGCUCCAUAGCCCUGAAGGACCUGCAGCGGCUCCAUCUGCUGAGCCCACUGGAGCCCAGCGGACUCCCUGGACUGGAGCUCAACUAUGGCUCAGCCGACAGCCCCCAGACCAUGUGGUUGGAGCUGCCACAGGCCCAGGAACUGUACCACACCGUGCUCUUCCUGCUGGAUGGCAGCGCAUCUUCCAUUCAGUGACCCCAGGGGCCUAGCCUCAGCUGACGGCCGGAUCUCACCCAAGCCCAGGCCCGCCUUGACCUUUUGCCUGGGUUGCUAGCAGGUUAUUUUUGGUUUGGACCUCACCUGGCUCUUCUCCGGAACCUGCCACAGCAUAGGCCGGCUGGCCCACGAGGAGGCUAUGGGGCAGAGUGCCACAGUGACUUUAAAUGAAAAACCAGCUGCACUUCCCCUGCGGUGGGCCAGAACCCACUGUAAGGGCUAUAGGAACCCGGCUUGGACAUCUGACAUUGCCCAGACUGGGGGAGAUACCCACCUGGCCCCAAGUACCCACCAAGACUCAGUGUCAGCAUGAGCCCAGGCCUGGAAGAAGCUGCUGAGGAAAUAAAACUCCCAAGAAAAAAGGGCUAUAUGUA